AUAAAGAAAUUGGAUGUCAGCAUAUUCAGCUUUAAUAAUUAAUAGAUAUCUCUUUUCUGUUAGUAAUAUAAACGGUGUUUGCCCAUACUACACAUAUUUAUAAUAUAUUUACGUUUAUUAUCAUCAAAACAAAGUUAUUUUAAUAAAUAACCUAUAAGGAGUAAUUUGGUGUUAGAAUGCAUAAGAACCCAGAGUUUCAAGCAGUAGUCUUGGCAGCGGGCAGAGGUUCUCGCCUGCCAGAUGUUGGCGGCUCGGUAUCGAAAUGCCUGCUUCCAGUGGGGCCAUAUCCAGUCAUAUGGUAUUCUUUACAUUUGUUGGAGAAAAUGGGCUUCCAAGAAACUUUAGUAGUGGUACUGGAUGAAGACAAUUCCAACAUCCUCAACGCUUUAGAGAGGUGCCCAUUAAAAAUUAAAUAUGAACUCAUAGUGAUACCAUCAGAUGAUGACUGGGGCACAGCCGACACACUCAAACACAUCAGCAGCAGAGUUGUGACAGACCUGUUGGUCAUCUCUGGAGAUCUCAUAACUAAUAUAAAUCUCAAUGAAGUGCUAAACCUGUACAGAAAGCAUGAUGCCGCACUGACAGCGCUAUAUUUCAACAAUGGUGCCGAAGAGUGGAUAGAACUUCCAGGCCCCAAAACUAAGGCUAAGCCUGACAGAGACUUAGUUUGUAUAGAUAAAGAAACACAGAGACUGGUUUUUGUAGCUAGUGCAAGUGACUUUGAAGAUAAUAUUACAUUACCAAGAGUUAUCAUAAAGAAAUUCAAUUCAAUAAGUAUGUACAGCAGGCUCCUAGACGCCCAUGUCUAUGUUAUGAAACACUGGGUGGUGAAUUACCUAGUUGAGGCUGAUAAGUUCAUUUCAGUGAAAGGGGAAUUAGUACCGCAUAUUGUUAAGAAGCAACUAAGCAAGCCUAAAAACCCAUCAGAAAAGAAGGGAUUUUCAGAGAAAAACCUUGAUAUUUCUAAGGAUAUCUUUGACUAUGCUGUAGAGCAUGGGUAUGAGAGCCAGAUCCGCGACAUGUCUCACUACAAUGACCAUGAACUUGGAACAAAAGGUGUCUAUUAUAAUGACAUACUUAGAUGCUAUGCGCAUAUUGCAGAGAAGAACACAUAUGGCAUUCGUGUUAACACACUUUCAGCUUUUUAUUUAUCAAACAGUAAGAUUCUAUCAAAAUGGGAAGAGUUAACUGGUUCACUGUUAACAGAAAGAUUUUAUCCGACCAGCGAGGUGAAAACACGGCAGAUAGACGAAACCUCUAUAGUCGGAGACAAGAGUGUUGUCAGUGAGAAGACUUCAAUCAAAAACACCAUCAUUGGCGCCAACUGUACUAUUGACAACAAAGUUAGAUUGACUAACUGUAUAUUGAUGAAUAAUGUUGUUAUUAAGGAAGGUUGCGUCCUCCAAGACUGCGUAGUGUACACGGGCGCCACCGUGGAGCCGGGCUGCAGCCUCGCCUACUGCCUCGUGGGGCCGCACCACGCCGUGCCCGAGGCCACCACGAGCCACCACCAGAUCCUCACCGAGACCACUGAUAACAUGAUCACGCUUGGUUAGAAAUAUAUUUAUUAUAUUAUAACGGUUUUUUUAAUAAAAUAGUCUCAAGUCCUUGUACUGAAGCCGGGCAUCGAAUCCGAAUCUUCAGCUUUCGCGGCUAACGUCUUUACUUCUAGGCCACCCGACCGUCAUUUUUUAUGUAUGUGGUAACCAACUCGCGUUUCGCCUGUGAGUAACUCAACAAUGAUCUUCAAAACUCUCCUGUGACUAAUACGUCAGUCCCACGUCUACAAGACUGCGUAGUUGUACAGUCAAC